GAAUGUCGAGCAUAUCUAGGCUGGCCAAUGGUGUUUAUGUUACCUAACCUAAAAAUCUACACGAGUAAUCUGUGAAUGAAAAUCCGUCUAAAAUUCAGUUUUGUGUUGUGCUUUUGUGUAUAGAGUUUUAUUUAUUAAUCAGUGUCAUCAAAUUUGGUAUCUGUUUUAUAGGUGUAGGCUUUGGCUAUUUAGGAACAUACAUCUUCUCUAAUACAGUGUCAAACAAUGGCUUUAAAUGUUAUAACAAAGUUUAUAAGACGGAAAGAUGUAUCUAUUCUGUUAUCUCAUCACUACAAGCAGUUGUCCACAGAUGUUGGGUUAUUGAAAUACCUGAGGACAACAGCUCUGUCCCAUACAAAUCAGUAUCACCACAGUCAACAGUCAAGAUUGAGACAAAGUUACAGUCACAGAUUUUAUUCAGUGAAAACAGCACAACAAGUUGACAAUUACCGUACAGAAAACAAAGUCACAGUUAUUGGUGAAGACAUUCCAUCACCUUAUACUGAUAUCAAUCAGAGUGAUUUCCCUGAUUACAUCAAACGAUUUCUCAAUGAUCAAGGUUUUACUACACCCACAGUUAUACAAUCUCAAAGCUGGCCGAUAGCAUUGAGUGGACAAAACUUUGUAGGAAUAGCGCAGACUGGCACAGGGAAGACACUUGCAUACUUACUACCAGCAGUUGUACAUAUAAAAGAGAAAAUGGCAAAAAAGGGCCGUGGUCCUAUUGCACUUGUCUUAGCUCCAACAAGAGAACUGGCCAGACAAAUUGAGGCAGUGGCAAAAGAUUUUGAAAGUCUAUUGAAUAUAAGAUGUGUUUGUAUAUAUGGAGGUGCUAAUCGGACAAGGCAAGCAAAUCAGCUUCAAGAUGGUGUAGAUAUAGUUAUAGCGACGCCUGGCCGGCUUAAUGACUUUCUUGUAAGCAAAACAACUAAUUUGAGCAGAUGUACAUAUGUUGUGCUGGAUGAAGCCGACAGAAUGUUGGAUAUGGGGUUUGAGCCCCAAAUACGACAGGCCUUAGAGGGUGUCCCACUGGACAGGCAGAUUUUGAUGUUUUCAGCAACUUGGCCUAAAGAAGUUAGACAUUUAGCAAAAGAUUAUUUAGGUGAAUUUAUACAAGUUAAUGUUGGUUCCACAGAACUGUCAGCAAAUCACAAUAUCGAGCAACAUGUUCACAUUUGCGAUCAGGAGGGAAAAUUGAUAAAGUUUAAAGAAAUAAUGCACACCAUUUCCGGUGAUGGUUUUGGGAAAACUUUAGUAUUUUCUAAUACAAAAAAGUCUGUAGACUUUUUAACCCAAAUGCUCAGGAGAAAUGCAUGGCCAGCAAUGGGAAUUCAUGGAGAUAAAACACAAAUGCAGAGAGAUAUUAUUAUUAACAAAUUCAAAACAGGCAAGACAAGCAUUUUAGUUGCUACUGAUGUUGCUGCUAGAGGUCUUGAUGUGGAUGGUGUCACACAUGUCAUCAACUACGACUACCCCAACACAUCAGAAGAUUAUAUCCACAGAAUAGGUCGCACAGGUCGUCAGCAAAAUAAAGGUGUAUCCCACACAAUCCUCACUGAAGAAAAUGCAAGACAAGCCAAGGGUCUCAUUGAGGUUUUAAAAGAAGCUAAUCAAGAAAUCCCGAAGGAAUUGAACCACAUGGCUCAAACUUACAAUGCCGAAAGAGCCGAAGAGCUCGAAGCGAAAAGAACAUCAAAAUUCAAACAACAUAAUUUCAACCCGAAUAGAAGAUGGAAUAAAUUCCGAUUCAAUAAAAUAUAUUAGAUUAAUCAAUAGAUUUAUUGUGCAAUCUAAUUACGACCGUUUUAUAAACGAUCGCAAUCCUAAUAUACAAUCCGAUCUCGAGAAAAAACUAAUCAAAACGAUGAUUGUAAGGAUGUAAAAAAAAACAUACAUUUAAACAUUAAACUUCUGAUUAGUUUUUUUUGUGAUGGACCGAAAAAAGCGAUUGCUAAUUGAAAACAAUAUUUAGUGUAAAACAAAAACGAUAUCUAGUAGAUUAUUUUACGUUGUUGAGCAGAUUGUGAUAUUAUAGUUUUUCUGAAUGAUUUCCAUAGCAAUUCCAAGUUUUCGCAUAAAAAUAAUAUUACUACGUGUACCCAAAAUAAACGAGUAUAUAAUAAAUUGUAGGUCGUUAAGUACUAUACUACUAGUAUAUUAUUGUUUUAUUUAUUAUAAUAUAAUUGCAAAACGGUCACAAAACCUUUCUGUUAUUUUUAAAAUAUCUAACAAAUGUGAUAAUACCUAUCUUGAAGGUUGAAUAAAUCUGCAAUAGUA